CUAAACAUGCAGUGAAUGGCAAUACCACGGUAGAGCCUUUUCCAGAAGGAAUGGAAAAGAUUAUUUUUGUUGCUGUCCUGGAGUUGAACAUGCCCAGGAUGAUGAUGUCACAGGCAAACCUUUACUUGCAGUAUCUGGCUCCAGAUGAUUGAAACAAAUUACCAGGGAUGGGCUGCUUCUGGGGAGCGGAGCGCCGCUUCUGGAGGAAGUCAGGAGUUUUCUCCACGCAGGUUGGAUAUGCUGGCGGCUACACCCCAAACCCUAACUACCAGGAAGUCUGUUCAGGAAUGACAGGACACGCAGAAGUGGUACGAGUUGUCUAUGACCCGCAGGCAGUCACCUACAAGGAGCUCCUGAAAAUAUUCUGGGAGAGUCACAACCCUACAGAAGGUAUGAGGCAGGGUAAUGACAUAGGGACGCAGUAUCGCUCCGCUCUCUACACCUACACGCCCCAACAGAUGGAGCUGGCAUUACGGACCAAAGAGGCGUAUCAGCAGGAGUUGACCAAAAAGGGUGUUGGUGUGAUCAGCACUGAAAUUCGUGAGGCUCCGGAGUUUUACUAUGCAGAGGAUUACCACCAGCAGUACCUCCAUAAGGUUCCCAAUGGCUACUGCGGACUGAAAGGCACAGGGGUCAGCUGUCCGAUUGGACUGGGCAAGAAAGUGGAGCUGUAACUGUGGUGCUUCCCAUGCUCAGGGAAGCAAAGCCCAGGUUGCUCAGGUAGCAACAUGCUCAGAUAGGGUGCAUACUAAAAGACUUCUUCACUCAAACAAAUCUGCAGCCUUCUAGAGUUCAGUGAGAGCGGUUUACAUGCAGACACACUAGCUCUGAUGCUUGUUACAAAGAGGAUUCUGGCUGUGUGGAUCUGUAUAUCUAUAUGGGUGUUUAGAAAACAUUUGAAAAAUAGAUCUGUCAAGAUCAUUUUAAGGAGCUUUUUUAUUUUUUAUAAUUGUUUUAGGGUCUUUUGAAUCAUAGCCGAACCCUCUUAAAACCUGACCUUCUAAAACAUCAGAACAGCAUGCUCAUUAAGAAUGGAUUGAAUGAAUAUAUAUAUAUAUAUAUAUAUAUAUAUAUAUAUAUAUAUAUAUAUAUAUAUAUAUAUAUAUAUAUAAUUAUUUUUUUAAGGAUGGAAGCUUGCUUCUACGGCCAUAAUCAGUCAUUUCAUAAAGUUAUUGUUUAUCUUUCUGUGUCUCAAAAGCUCUCCUAAACUUUGAUGUUUUUCAAGAGAGCCUCGCAAGACAACUCAAAGUGAAAAACAACUGCUACUUUCCUAGAGUGAUUUUUUCUUGCUGAUUCUGGAGCCAAAAAAGCCACUGCUUUCCACCAUGCAGUGCAGCACUGUAUCCUCUUGAAUCACAAGCUUAAAAUUCAUAGAAUAUUUUUUCAAGGCCUUUUUUUCACAUUUAUGCUUGUUAAGUGAAGUUACGGAAGUGUAGAAAACAACAAAAUCGUUAAUGUAUUCGAUCUCUACAGCUCCAGUAGAUCAGAUGUUUGAGGUGCAUUGGAAAUAUCUUGUAUUUGGGGAGUCAAUGCUUGGAUAUAUGUUGCCUUAAAUAAAAAGUCUUCCUUGCAAA